CAGCGCCGACCCGCCGGGCUCCCUCCCUCCCGCUGCCGGCCGGACGGGCUCAGUCCCUCGGCUCCCCGGGGCCGCAGCCAGGCCAGACCAGGCCGCCACAGCGCCUUGGGCCGCGGGGGGGCGGACCCAGGAGAUGAAAUGACAACGUCAACCCUCCAGAAAGCCAUUGAUCUGGUGACAAAAGCCACGGAAGAGGAUAAAGCCAAAAACUAUGAGGAGGCGCUGCGGCUCUACCAGCAUGCUGUGGAAUAUUUCCUUCAUGCCAUCAAAUAUGAGGCGCACAGCGACAAGGCCAAGGAGAGCAUUCGCGCCAAGUGCAUGCAGUACCUAGACCGGGCAGAGAAGCUGAAGGACUAUUUACGAAACAAGGAGAAGCAUGGCAAGAAGCCAGUCAAAGAGAACCAGAGUGAGAGCAAGGGAAGUGAUAGUGACAGCGAAGGGGAUAAUCCCGAGAAAAAGAAACUGCAAGAACAGCUGAUGGGGGCUGUGGUCAUGGAGAAGCCCAAUAUCCGGUGGAAUGACGUGGCUGGGCUGGAGGGUGCCAAGGAGGCCCUCAAGGAAGCUGUCAUUUUGCCCAUCAAAUUCCCACACCUGUUCACGGGCAAGCGCACCCCUUGGCGGGGGAUACUGCUCUUCGGACCCCCUGGCACAGGGAAAUCCUACCUGGCCAAAGCAGUGGCAACUGAGGCGAACAACUCCACCUUCUUCUCUGUGUCCUCCUCAGACCUGAUGUCCAAGUGGCUGGGGGAGAGUGAGAAGCUGGUCAAGAACCUGUUCGAGCUGGCCCGGCAGCACAAGCCUUCCAUCAUCUUCAUUGACGAGGUGGAUUCUCUCUGCGGCUCCCGCAAUGAGAAUGAGAGCGAGGCAGCACGGAGGAUCAAGACCGAAUUCUUGGUCCAGAUGCAAGGCGUGGGGAAUAACAAUGAUGGAACUCUGGUCCUUGGUGCCACCAACAUCCCUUGGGUACUGGACUCUGCCAUCAGGAGGAGGUUUGAGAAACGGAUUUAUAUCCCACUGCCUGAGGAAGCAGCCCGUGCCCAGAUGUUCCGCCUGCAUCUUGGGAGCACACCCCACAACCUCACAGAUGCCAACAUCCAGCUGCUGGCCCGGAAGACGGAGGGUUACUCGGGCGCUGACAUCAGCAUCAUUGUGCGGGACUCGCUCAUGCAGCCUGUCAGAAAAGUGCAGUCGGCCACUCACUUCAAAAAGGUGUGUGGCCCCUCCCGUACCAACCCUGGUAUGACCAUCAGUGACCUCCUGACCCCGUGCUCACCGGGGGACCCAGGGGCCAUUGAGAUGACGUGGAUGGAUGUUCCUGGUGACAAACUCUUAGAGCCUGUAGUGUGCAUGUCAGACAUGCUCCGGUCCUUGGCUACCACCCGGCCCACCGUGAAUGCCGAUGAUCUCCUGAAAGUGAAGAAAUUCUCAGAGGACUUUGGACAGGAGAGUUAAAAAUGUUUCUACUAGGUGACAGUGAAGGCAGGAGGUUGGAGCCAGUCUGCAUCAGUCUCCACUUUGGCGGCCAGACAAAGUGCUCCAGGGCUUGUCUAGUCCCACAGGGGCUGUGCUGCUGUCUGGCCCCCAGUGGGGAGAAAGAAGAGGGUCUCCCAGGGCAGACGUGUGAGCACAUGGGGCACCUGGCCCUUCACACUUCCUUCCGGGAUGCUCACCAACUCCUGCCCAACCCCUCUUUUUUUUUUUUUUUUUUUUUUUUAACCUUUUACGUUCCCCUAAAUUAAUGCUGCUUGGAUUUUCGUGGUGUUUAUAAAUAAAGUUGAAAUCGCCCAUAAGCGUGCUUGGGAGCAGCGGUGCUGUGGGUUCCGGGCUGCCACUUUCACAACGGCCGCUGGUGCAUCCCUGCACCAAGUGCUGCUCGCUGGGAAUGACUGAUGUGGAUCUGGCCCUGCCACCCUCCCAGGCCAAGCCAAGCCGCCUCAGGUGGCCCAGGUCAUGCCUGCUCUGCUGGAGAGGGUGGGCAGGCAAGCCCGAAGCCGGUAGGUCAGAAGCCCAGCAUGCAAGCAGUCAGGCUGGGUCUCGGCUGCCUUUUCUUCCCUUUGAAUGUGAGAACAUGGAACCCAACCACCACCCUGGAAAUGGGCUAAUAAAUCCUUUUCCUUUCUUGA